AUGGCUACUUCCAAUGUUACCCCUGUCCUGUCCCUGCUCGGUAAGCAAAUCGAGCUGCUGGAGGCCUUCCAGGGCUCCACAAAGCGUGUUUGUGGCACGGUCCUAGCUGUCGUUGUUGCUGCACCAGGAGCACCCGUCUCCGAGGCUGUGAUGAUCGGCCGGGACUACUACCACCUGGAUGACUGCAAGCUGCUCCGGGUCUGGUAGGUCCAGGGCCGCGUCCCCGGCUCAUCGGAUCAGCUCCACCGAUCCGGUGAACGGAGACCCGGGCGGAGCGAACCCUUGACCCGCCUCGAUGAAAUACCCUGCCGCAAGGCCUUCGGGGUGCAGUUUCAUCGCACCCCCGAGGGACGCCGCCCGGCGAGGGUGCUUUCGCUCUUGGAAUGUAUAGGUAAAUCCUCUUCUGCCUCCCAGGAGCGCACUGCCGGUGGCCGGGGGAUGCGCCGUAGGCGCGCCUACGGCGUCCGGCUGUGCGCAUUUGGAGACGGUCAGAGGGAUGCACUAGGUAAUACUGCGAAAUCUUCUUCACCCCCCUGCCUUCCAAAUUCUGAACUGUACACUUGUUGCAAAGGUGUACACCUCAUGCGUACACUCGGCCUCAAGGUGUACACCAGAGGUCAGCAUGCCAACUGUCAAACCACGAAUCGCCAUCACCCUUGAGCAAGAGACGUUCGACGUCAUCGCUCGCCUCGCUGAGCUCCAGUCCAGGUCCAAGGGUGCUGUGGUUGCCGACCUCAUCGAGUCGGUCCUUCCUCCGCUUCGUCGCACGAUCGCACUGAUCGAGGCGGCCCAGCAGGCUCCCGAGCACGUUAAGGCCGGCCUCCGAUCUGUCGUCGAGGCCACCCACGACGACCUUCUCAAGAUCGCUGGCAGCGGUAAUCAGCAGCUCGACAUGCUCCUCCAGGAGCUUUCCUCGGCAGGGUCUCAGGCUGGGUCAACCCCCGUUCCUGUAACACGGGGGUCAGGUUCCCCCCAGGAAACACCCACUCGACGUCUGAUCAACCGCAAGAACCGCUCUGGCAAAGGGGAUUGA